GGCGGAAAGCCGCAAAGUACGGGUUUUCAUCGUUUCAGCCAAUGGUCACACUGUGAGCCUUUUCCACGUUUUUUACCUCUGGGUGCAGGGUGCAGAGAUUUUUGCCAGUGGAAAAAGGAAAAGGAUCAAGGAUUCCUUUUUCUCAAGCAGGAAAACAAAGGAUCUGCGGGUGUCGCCGCUAAGGACAGCAGUAACAGCAGCAUCGACCGGCACAGAGUGCAUUCGGUUUUGAUAGGGAUUAGGAAAACGAAUCGCAAAAAUGGAGGCACAAAAACUCACGGAACUGUUGCGCGCAACUAUCGAGCCGAAUCCGGAGCAGCGAAAGGCCGCCGAGGAGCAACUGGCCCAGAUACACAAAAUCAUCGGAUUCGUGCCCACCAUACUGCAGAUCGUAAUGCAGACGACGGUGGAGCAGCCGGUGCGCCAGGCAGGUGCUGUAUACCUCAAGAAUUUGAUAAACAGCAGCUGGUCAGACCACGAGGCCAAGCCGGGCGAGCCGAUUCCGUUCUCCAUUCAUGAACAGGACCGUGCCAUGAUCCGUGGUUCCAUUGUAGACGCCAUUGUACAUGCCCCUGAGCUCAUCAGAGUUCAACUCUCCGUCUGCGUGAAUCACAUCAUUAAGAGUGACUUCCCCGGCCGAUGGCCCCAAGUGGUAGACAACAUCAGCAUCUAUCUGCAAAAUCAGGAUGUCAACGGUUGGAAUGGCGCCUUGCUGACCAUGUAUCAGCUGGUGAAGACCUACGAGUACAAGCGCAGCGAGGAGCGAACGCCCCUCAACGAGGCCAUGAACCUGUUGCUGCCCAUGAUCUACCAGCUGAUGGUUCGCCUCCUGACCGAGCAGUCUGAGCAGUCGGUGCUGCUUCAGAAACAGAUCCUUAAGAUCUACUUCGCUCUUACGCAGUACAGUCUGCCGCUGGACCUUAUCACCAAGGAGAUCUUCUCGCAGUGGAUGGAAAUUUGUCGCCAAAUCGCUGAUCGGGAUGUACCCGAUAGCUCUCAUUUGGACGAUGAUGAACGCACCGAAUUCCCCUACUGGAAGACCAAGAAGUGGGCUCUCCACAUCAUGGUCCGCAUGUUCGAGAGGUAUGGCAGUCCCAGCAACGUGGUUAGUGAAAAGUACCAAAAAUUCGCCGAAUGGUAUCUGCCAACGUUCAGCCAAGGUGUACUGGAGGUGCUUCUCAAAAUCCUCGACCAGUACCGCAAUCGCAUCUACGUUUCGCCGCGUGUUCUCACGAAUGUGCUCAACUAUCUGAAGAAUGCUGUAAGCCACGCCUAUACCUGGAAGCUAAUCAAGCCGCACAUGGUGGCAGUUAUCCAGGAUGUGAUAUUCCCCAUUAUGUCGUUCACCGACUCCGAUCAGGACCUGUGGGAGAACGAUCCCUACGAAUAUAUCCGUCUGAAGUUCGAUAUAUUUGAGGACUACGCCACGCCGGUUCCGGCUGCGCAAUCUAUGCUGCAUUCCAUGUGCAAGAAACGCAAGGGCAUCCUACCCAAGGCCAUGGGCACAAUUAUGCAAAUCAUCACGUCCCCGAAUGCGGACAACAAGCAAAAGGAUGGUGCCUUGCACAUGAUUGGAACACUGGCGGAUGUUCUGCUGAAGAAGGCUCAAUAUCGGGACCAAGUGGAGUCUAUGCUUACUACCUAUGUAUUUCCAGAGUUCCAGAAUCCCGCUGGCCACAUGCGGGCGCGUGCCUGUUGGGUUCUGCACUACUUCUGCGAAGUGCAGAUUAAAAAUCCCCAGGUCCUGGCCGAGAUCAUGCGGCUGACUACGAAUGCCCUGCUGACGGACAAGGAACUUCCAGUUAAAGUGGAGGCGGCCAUUGGCCUGCAAAUGUUCCUGUCAUCCCAAGACGACGCACCUCAAUAUGUUGAAGGUCAGAUCAAGGAGAUCACCAAGGAGUUGCUCACCAUCAUUCGUGAAACUGAGAAUGAGGAUCUGACCAACGUAAUGCAAAAGAUUGUCUGCACCUUCACCGAGCAGCUGCUGCCGGUGGCGACCGAGAUUUGCCAGCACUUGGCAACCACCUUUAGCCAGGUUUUGGAGUCCGAGGAGGGAUCCGACGAGAAGGCCAUCACCGCCAUGAGCCUGCUGAACACUAUCGAGACACUGCUCAGUGUGAUGGAAGAGCAUCCCGAUGUCCUGCUCAAUCUCCAUCCGAUCGUUAUCAAUGUGGUGGGACACAUUUUCCAGCACAACAUUACUGACUUCUAUGAGGAGACCUUCUCUCUUGUCUACGAUUUGACGGCCAAGUCCAUCUCUCCCGAGAUGUGGCAGAUGCUGGAACUGAUUUACCAAGUGUUCAAGAAGGAUGGCAUUGACUACUUCAUUGACAUUAUGCCGGCUCUGCAUAACUAUGUGACUGUCGACACGCCCGCAUUCCUCUCCAAUCCCAACAGGCUGCUGGCUAUUCUCGACAUGUGCAAAACGAUGUUAACUAGCAGCCCUGGCGAGGAUCCAGAGUGUCAUGCCGCCAAACUGAUGGAGGUUAUCAUCCUUCAAUGCAAGGGCCAGAUCGACUCAGUGAUACACAUGUUCGUGGAGCUGGCUCUUUCGCGCUUGACGCGUGAAGUGCAGUCUUCGGAGCUGCGAACCAUGUGCUUGCAGGUGGUAAUCGCAGCACUCUACUACAAUCCUCAACUGCUGCUCUCUAUUCUGGACAAGAUGUCGCAGCAGAAUAACGAGUCGAUUAGCGCGCAUUUCAUCAAGCAGUGGCUUCACGACACCGACUGCUUCUUGGGAAUUCAUGAUCGCAAACUUUGCGUCCUGGGCCUGUGCACACUCAUCUCACUGGGCGAAGCCAAGCCACAAGUUUUGAGUGAGGUAGCUGGCAAGAUCGUGCCAGCUCUAAUCCUGCUCUUUGAUGGACUGAAGCGUGCCUACGAGUCGCGUGCUCAGGAGGAGGAGGAGGAAGAAGAGGAGGACGGUGAUGACUGCGAGGAGGCUCUGUCCAGCGACGAAGACGAUAUGGACGAUAUGGCUCCCAAUUAUCUAGACAAACUGGCCGAGUUCACCAAGUCCAAGGCAGGUGAAGCUGGCUUCGAAGUUACGACUGAAAUUAAGGACGAAGAUGCGGACUCUGACGCUGAGGCCGAAGAGUCGAUUGAAGAUCUGAACGAGACGGGACUUGAGUCGUUCACCACGCCAAUUGACGAUGAGGAGAACGAGAGCGCCAUUGAUGAAUACUGGACGUUUAAGGAAGUUAUUACAGCACUUUCUGCUCAGGACCAAGUCUGGUACAACUUGUUGACAUCGAACCUGACCGCCGAUCAGGCCAAGGCGCUGCAGGAAGUGGUGGUUACCGCCGAUCAACGCAAGGCCGCCAAGGAGUCAAAGCUGAUUGAAAAGCAGGGUGGCUUCGCCUUUCCUCAGACAGCCGUGCCCACGUCCUUCAAAUUCGGCUCCUAAAUGAAUCAACUGAAUUGAAAUGACCAGAUCACCAGAGACUUGGUUCAAUUUCUGACUUGAAUGUUUCUCUUAUUCUUUCCAAAAAAAAAAAAACAAAAAAAACUAAAACAACAACAAAAAAACACUAACAACGUCAAACAAACACAUGUGGCGUGCUGCUAAUGGCUUUAAGGCAUUCUCCUGGUUUUCGUACACUCCGUGUACCAAAUGCUGCAUUCUUCGACCAAAAGCGGUCGAUUCAAGCAGCGGUGAGACCGCACCUAUAUUUAUUGUAGAUUUAUACUUUAUUUCCUACUUCUUGGCACUCGGCUGCCAACUAAAUUAUGAUAACUUAAGUCAAAAGUCUAUUGUAAAUCUUUGUAUGUAAACAAAUCGAAACGAAACGAAAACAAACACGUCGAGGACGAAAAAGGUCUCAUGUAAUGAGAUUGUGCCCACCCGCACGCCCCCCAGAACUCCAAAAAAAAACACGGCAAUUCGGUCAGAAGAUGAGAAUUCAACGAAGAGCAUUUCACAUACAUUUUCUUUAUACACACAUAAACGUAUAUAUUUUACUAAAUGGAGCGAUAUUUUUGAAAAAUAAACAAAAAAAACAUUUUUAACGUUUGAACUGGA